AUGCACUUGGUAGGAGCACAGCCGCCGCUCACGGUGUGUCAGCGUGCAUGCAACGGCCGGACGCACCCGCCGCAGCCAGCCGCCGUGCGCCGCAGACCCGCGCCGCCAUGCGCCGCGCUCUCAGGCAGCAACAGCGGCGCCCAGGCGCCGCGCGACCCGCUGCCGGGCGCGGCGGCGCCGCGGCUGCCCACCUCAUUGGACCACCUGAAGCCGGAGUCGCAGCCGGCCCCAGUGCAGCAGCCGGCCCCCGCGCCGCGGCGAUCCACCGUCAAAAGCCUGGGCGGCCUGCGGCGUGCGCCGCUGAGCGGUGGCGUGAAGACGGCGACAGCCCGAUAUGACCUGCCGGCGCCCAGCGUGGCGGUGCGCAACUUGGUUGAGCAGGCGCAGUUUGCGCACCUGUGCACAAUCAUGUCCCACAUGCACCACCGGCGCGCGGGCUACCCCUUUGGCACCCUCGUGGACUUCGCCACCGACGGCGCCGGCAUGCCGAUCUUCUGCCUCAGCCCGCUGGCCAUCCAUGCGCGCAACCUGAUAGAGGACAGCCGCUGCAGCCUGGUGGUGCAGAUGCCCGGCUGGACGGGGCUGGCCAACGCGCGGGUGACGAUAUUUGGGGACGUCUUCCAGCUGCCGCCGGACAUGCAGGUCUGCCUGGACUGCUCGGACUGCCUGGACUGGGGUGGGGCGGAGGCGCGGGAGAUAUUUCUGGCCAAGCAGGCCAAUGAGCGGAAGGAGCGCUGGGUGCUGGGCAGCUUCCUCUUCUUCCGGUGGGGCACAGCGGGCGUGGGGGGCCGGCCUCCCGUCGCAGGUCUUGGUUGA